CCAACAUAGCCACGACCCACGGGGAUGUAGCAGUAGUUCACUAGUUCUUUCUUCGAGCUUCGACACCAGUCGGCGCCGAGCAAUCGACGGCUGUAGGUCAAUUAUUAGGGUUUUAGCUUUUAGGCAAGUUCAGAGCACAACAGCAUCAGAUUUGAGAAAAAUGGGGAGACCAAAGGGAGAAGGAGCGAGAAGCAAGACCCGUCCUUCGAGCAGCAGCCUAGCUGCAUCUUUGUUGCCUGCGGGAACUGCUACCGUAGGAUUCGGAGGUUAUGUCGGAAGUUCUCGGCUCGAAUCGUCUCUCCCGGGCGACGAUGCGUUUCCUUUUUCGGAUGUGGAUAGUGAAAUAGCACAGCAUUUAAAGAGGCUUGGCAGGAAGGAUCCUAUAACAAAGCUUAAAGCUUUGACAUCUUUGGCUGAUCUUUUUAAGCAAAAAUCGGGAGAGGACAUUGUACAGAUCAUACCACAAUGGGCAUUUGAAUACAAGAGGCUGUUGCAGGAUUACAAUAGAGAGGUUCGGCGAGCUACUAAUGACACCAUGACUAAUUUUGUCAUCACCGUCGGGAGAGGAUUAGCUCCGCAUCUGAAGUCCUUGAUGGGGCCUUGGUGGUUUUCUCAGUUUGACCCAGUUCCUGAGGUUUAUCAGUCUGCAAGACGAUCAUUACAGGCAGCCUUUCCAGCACAAGAGAAGAGAUUAGAUGCAUUGAGUCUGUGUGCAAAUGAAAUACUUCUAUACAUAGAAGAAAAUCUAAAGCUCACACCACAAGCUAUAUCCGAUAAAGUGGCUCCAUUGGAUGAACUGGAAGAUAUACACCAGCGUGUAAUUUCUUCAUCAUUACUAGCAUUGGCUACACUUCUUGAUAUUUUGUUGGGAAUGCAAGUGCAAAGACCUGGUUUUGAAAACGUGAUUGCUGAACCAAAAAAUGCAUCUAAGGCCAGGACAACUGUUAUUUCUUCUGCUGAAAAGAUGUUUUCCACUCACAAAUAUUUUCUGGAAUUCCUGAAGUCUCAGAGCCCUGGUGUUCGAUCAGCUACAUAUUCAGUGUUGGGGAGUUUCAUUAAACAUGUACCUCAUGUUUUUAACGAAGGAAAUAUGAAGACUCUGUCUGUCAAUAUACUUGGUGCUUUUCAAGAAAAGGACCCGGCAUGCCACUCCUCAAUGUGGGAAACAAUAUUGUUGUUUUCUAAAAGCUUUCCUGACAGCUGGACACUUCCCAAUGUUCAGAAAACUGCAGUAAAUCGAUUUUGGCAUUUCUUGAAGAAUGGAUGCUAUGGAUCACGGCAGGCUUCCUAUCCUGUUCUAAUUGUGUUAUUAGAUACUAUAGUUGUUAAAGCAGUUCAUGGGGAGCAAUUUCUUCUGAGCUUCUUCCAAUACCUAUGGGAUGGUAGGAACCCAUUUAAUCCUUCAACAGCAGAUCGAUUGGCCUUCUUCAAUGCAUUUAAAGAAUGUUUUAUUUGGGCUGUGCAUAAUGCAUCAAGAUUUUGCAAUGGGGUAGAUGCCAUUUCUCAUUUCCAAAUUGGUCUUGUUCAGAAUAUUCUUGUAACACUUCUGUGGCAUGAUUACCUUUUGGUAGUCCACCCAAAAGGUCAUGGUGGUGUCUCAUAUGGGAAUUCUAUAUGCUCUUUUGAAAAUAACACUCAAGCUUUUCAAGAAACGAAAAUGGACCCAGUGACAAUCAAGUAUCCUAUGGGAUAUCUCCAGGAUUUGGGGAAAUGCAUAAUUGGAAUUUUAUCAGAGUUUUCUUCAAAGGAGUGUGACUUACUUGACCCUUUCUCUGCAUCAUUUCAAGAGGACAUUUUGGAGAUACUUAGGCAAGAACACCUACAGAAACUUUCUGAGCACGUUGAACAAGUUGUGAACUUUUUGAUAUUACUGGACGAAUAUGCAGUUCAGAAAGGUGAAAGGUGGCCUUUAGUGUAUUUAUCAAGACCAAUGGUGGCAAACUCUUUUCCAUUGAUCAGAUCUAUGGAUUCACCAGAUGCUGUCAAACUUUUAUCUAUUACUGUUUCAAUAUUUGGACCACAAGAAGUAGUAUCAAAACUCUCUAUUGGUGGUCAAAGACAUCAGAGCAGUGAUAUUUCUAUCGGAGGUGACAAAAAAUCAAAAUCAGAGAAUUUUCUGCAAUCUUUCAAGGAAAUAUUUGUUCCUUGGUGUUUAUAUGGAAACAACCGCUCCACUUCUGCUCGAUUGGAUCUUUUACUUGCUUUACUUGAUGGUGAACAUUUCUCUGAACAAUGGCCUAGCAUUAUCAAAUAUGCAAUACUAGAACAUCCUGGAACUGAGCUCUUAUUAGAUUUUGACCGCAUUGACAUGUUGGCAAUGCUCAUGGAGAAGGUGAGAGGAGAAAUCAAUAAAAAGAAGGCUGUACCAGAGUUAGGUCAUUGGCAUGGCUCCUACCUAGAACUAUGGCAACAUAAACUUUUAGAUUCAACUGCUGUGUCAAUUGCCUGCUGCUCUCCUUCUCUCUGGAUAUCCCAUGCUCGCUUUCUAGGUUCUGUUCUUGGUGGAUCAACAGAAGAUGAUCAAUCUUAUUUUGUUUCCAGAGAUGCAAUUUUCCUGAUAUAUGAGGAGAUUCUCAAAAAGUUUAUCCUAUUUCUCAUGGAAUCCCCUUUUAAAUGGGCUAAGGAUGCAUGCUCCUUAAUAGAAUGCAUCAUGGAGAAAGAUUUAAUGCCUAAAUGUGAAUCUUAUGUUAACAUACUUGAGAUGGCACAAUUUGCUUUUGAAGUUCUCAAGGGUAGUUUCUUUUGCUUAAAGAUUUUCAGUGAGGAACACAAACUUCUUACAUGUAUUUCAACCGUCUUGUUUAUUAUUGACUGGGAGCAUAGCAUGGCAUCAGAGGUUGCUAUAGAUGGGAGUUCAAUGACAUCUGGGUGUAUACUUGAUGCCGAGUCACAGAAAAGGCUUGAUUCUAAGUUCAGUUUUGGAGAAUCCAUGCAUGCUUUUCGUUGCAAGAUAAGUCCUAAUUUCUGGAAGGGUUUUAACAUGUGCAAUCUGAAGAAGUUGACAAGUAUUUUGAUUCAGACUAUUAGGGAUGCCAUCUUCAAGACAGAUACCUUUUAUACAGACAAGGUUAUAUCCUUGUGCUGUCAAUGGAUGCUUGAGAUUCUUGAUAUCCUCUGUUGGGAUAAUUGUUCAGAGCAAACUUUGUUAGACCAGUUGUUUGACAAGAGAGAUUUUUGGCCUUUGUGGGUUGCGCCUGCACUUGACAAUGAUUCAAGAUCAGCCAUCCUUAAAGCUAAAAGUAUUCUUACAGAUGCUCAUGAAUCCAGGCAUCAACAAUUCGUUGCCUUUACUGACAAGCUUAUUUCUAAACUUGGAGUUGGUAGAGUUCUUGCGGUCUCACAAACUGUUCCAUCUUCAUCAGAAGAAGCAACUAAUGAGUUGGUAACAUCCAAAUCUUCUUUUCCUCGAGCAUGGCUUGCAGCUGAAAUCUUGUGCACAUGGAAGUGGCCUGGAGGCUCUGCUUUGAGCUCCUUCUUACCUCUUCUAAGAGAGCAUGCAAAGAAUAGAAAUUCUCCAGCUGAAGAUAGCCUGUUGGACUCCAUCAUCAAUAUCCUACUUGAUGGUUCUCUUGUUCAUGGAACCAGUUGUCAAGUUGGUCUUUUCAAUGUAUGGCCUGCUUCAGAUGAUGAAGUGGAGAUUAUCAAAGAGCCAUUCUUGAGAGCUCUGAUAUCUUUGCUUUCAGUUCUAAUUAUCAAGGAUGUUAUAUGGGGAAAAGCCAAGGUUGUUGUCCUUUUUGAAUUCCUUGUAAAUAAACUUUUUAUUGGUGAAACAGUAAACAGAAACUGUUUGAGGAUUCUUCCUUUUGUCAUGAAUGUUCUUAUUCAACCAUUAAGGCACAAAGGAUCUGGAUCUGAUGGAUCUAGUGAAAAUGCUCAGAUUGAUUCAUUCAAAGAAAGUGAUGUCCACUAUAUCAUCAAGGAAUGGCUUCAAAGAGCUCUCUCAUUGCCACCUUUAGUUUCAUGGGAAAGUGGACAAGAUAUAGAAGAAUGGAUUCAGUUAAUUAUUUCUUGUUAUCCAUUAAGUGCAAUAGGAGAAAUAGGAGCUUUGAAAAUCGCACAAAAAAGAGAGAUAAGCCAUUUGGAGAAAAAAUUGCUUCUAGUUUUAUUUCGAAAGCAGAGAACUGAUAGUAAUGCAUCAACUGCAGUUAGUCAGUUUCCUGCAGCACAGAUGACAUUAUCCAAGCUUAUGGCUGUUUCAGUUGGGUAUUGCUGGAAGGAGUUUGAUGAAAAUGACUGGGAAUUUUUACUGUCUCAAUUGCAGGGGUGGACUGAAUCUGCAGUUCUAUUAAUGGAAGAAAUAGCAGAGAAUGUAGAUAAUAUUGUCGUGAACAUGCCCACUUCUGGUGACAUGGAAGUCACCAUAAAGGAGCUGGAGGAAGCAGUUCAAAUUUUGGAUCCUUUUCCUCUGACUAUUGCUAGGACUGCCCUUUUCUCAUUCUCCCUUUUCUGUGGGUUUUCUGAUCUACAUGCAGAAGAUACUAAGAUAUUGAACACCUUAAAAUUAGAAAGGUUUGAUCCUAUUAGAGAUCGGAUAGUUGAAGCUAUUCUUCGUUUAUUUUUUGCCACGGGUAUUGCAGAGGCUAUUUCCAGAUCCUGUUGUCUUGAGGCCGCAUCUAUUGUAGCUUCAACUCGACUUGCACAUUCUCAUUUAUGGGAUUUAGUUGCAUCAAGUGUUAUUAACUCCUCUUAUCAUGCAAGAAACUCAGCAGUCAAAUCAGUGGAACUUUGGGGCCUAAGCAAAGGGUCCAUAAGCUCUUUGUAUGCCAUUCUUUUUUCCUCUGAACCUACUUCUUCUUUGCAGUUUGCUGCAUUUACCAUUCUUACAACUGAACCUGUUUCACAUAUGGCUUUCACCAAAGAAGAUACUGCUCGUUACUUCAAUGAGGAUAUUGAUGAUAGUGAACCUAAUCAAUCUCAAGUUGGUAGUUCUUCUGCAGAGGAAGCAUUCCAUUUCAGAGAGGAAAUUUCAUGCAUGAUAGGAAAAUCCCCUUAUAAUCUUCUCAAAAUGGAUCUGCUGGCACAAGAUCGGGUAAGUGUCUUUGUUGCUUGGGCUUUGCUAUUGUCACACCUACAAUCAUUACCAUUAUCAUCACCGGCAAGAGAGAAAUUGGUCCAGUGCUUACAAGAUUUUGCUGAUUCAAUAAUAUUAGAGUGCCUGUUCCAGCAUAUUCCUUGGAAGUCAGGAAUGUUACCUAACUCAAAAAAAGAUGUUGAACUUCCAGCUGGAAUAUCAGAGGCUGCUAAUGCAGCAACACGUGCUAUCACAACAGGUUCUUUGUUGUUCUCUGUAGAGUCACUUUGGCCUGUUGGAACAAAGCAAAUGGCUUCACUUGCUGGUGCAGUGUAUGGUCUGAUGCUUUGUGUUCUUCCUGCUUAUGUCCGUGGUUGUUUUGCUGGAAUACGUGAUCGUUCCACUUCAUCUGCAAUUGAGUCUUUCACAAAAAUAUGGUGCAGCCCUUCUUUGAUUGCAGAUGAACUCCAUCAGAUCAAGAAGGCUGAUGUUGCUGAUGAAAAUUUCUCAGUUAGUGUGAACAAAUCGUCUUGCGAGGUCAUUGCUACCUAUAAAAAGGAGGAGACAGGAAUGGAUUUGGUUAUUCAUCUUCCUGCAUCCUACCCUUUACGGCCUGUAGAUGUUGACUGCACAAGGAGUCUUGGGAUAAGCGAAGUAAAGAAGAGGAAAUGGUUGAUGUCAAUGAUGGCAUUUGUUCGUAAUCAGAAUGGAGCCUUGGCUGAAGCAAUACGGAUAUGGAAAAGCAACUUUGACAAGGAAUUUCAAGGUGUUGAGGAGUGCCCCAUCUGUUACAGCAUCAUCCAUACUAGUAACCACAGCCUUCCUCGGCUCGCUUGCAAGACUUGCAAGCACAAGUUCCAUUCAGCAUGUCUAUACAAAUGGUUCUCAACCUCACAUAAAUCAACUUGCCCAUUGUGUCAAUCUCCAUUCUGAUUACCAGAUCAAGACUGUUCAAAGUGAAGAGAGUGUAAAUGCUGGGACUAUUGUGAAUGAAAAUCCAGUACCAGUUCAAGGGUUUAAGUACUGUGGUUUAUUGCGUGUAAAUGUAGUUUGACUGGAGGAUCACUAAAGGAGUAGAAUGAGUUACAAGUGGUUUAUUUGAUGCAGUUAGAAAGUUCAAGAUAUACAGAAAAAUGGUUAUUAGUAGUUCACCUCCAUCUCAUGGAUCAGAACAAAUUGCAAGCAUUCAGCUAUAGAUCUUAUUUUCAUCAACGGAUAGUCAAGAUAUGGGUAAGGUGAGAGACAGAUGCCCUCCCUGCUUUUUCAUACAUGUCAACUGCAGUCUGCAUUUACACUUGUACAAAUUGGAAUGUGUUUUUCCCAGUUCAUCCUCUUUCAAUGUGAAUUGGGAUUUCAGCAGUACAGCAUCUGCAUGGAUUUAAGAUAGAAAUAUCAUACAGUGUUGCUAUUAAUGG